AGUGACAGAAUCUUCAGGCAUUGUUGUAACAUUGCUUUUGACCACGUUUUUGAUUUUCUUGUCAGCACUGUUGGUUCGAAUGAUACUAAUCUGUUCAUUUUCUGCGAAAUUAAGACUAGUUUCUUGUCAUAAACGACCUAACAUGACUAGAACCGUGUAUCCCGUCUCUCCUCAGACAGCCAUUUGAAGCUGCCUCGUGUUAUACCUUAACCUUAUUGCAGCAACCUCCUUUUCCUCACCAAAGAAUGCCGCCACCUGACCAAAAAACCGACGGCCAAAGCGCCCCAUCCUCCUCCACCUCCGUGAAGAAGCUUGCGUUUGGUUCGUACUUUCGCGCCAACGCUCUGGGAGAAGGAAGCUACGGAUCCGUUAUGGUCGUCUACGAUGACGAUGGAAGUGAGUUUGCUGCAAAAAGAUUCGAAGAAGCCGAGGAGGGGGAUCUGGAUGCUGGAGUUGUGCGAGAGAUAAGUUUGUUGAGUUAUGGGUAGUGAAGAUAGUGCAAAAUAUUGAUCGUGCUUUCUUGUACUUGAUGCUUGUUCUAAUCUAGUUGUGCAGCAUCGAUUCUUGUUUAACCGAUGCAACUUUUUGAUGGCAGUGACAGACACCGUGCGUAGUAAAUAGAAGAAUUGAACGAGAAACUUUCUCUUUCUACUGUUCUUUCUGCAAGAAGAGCUCCUGCAUACUCUCUAAUCUGAACUCCUGAGCCAGUGCCCUCAUCCCGGCAUAGUGCCUUGCUUCGACAUCUCGCUGAUCGAAGAGGGCGGUUUGUCGAUGAUCAUGCCCAAGUACGAGUCCGAUCUGUUUCAUAUGAUCGAGAACCAGAAACUGACGAAAACCAAAGACCAGCUAAACGUUAUCUGGCGGUCUCUUGAAGCUCUGGACUUUUUACAUGCGAGAGGCGUGAUGCAUAGGGACUUGAAAAGUGAUAACAUCAUGGUCAAGUCUACUUCAAGUGAUGGUGGUGGUACUGCAGGCGGAGAUCUUCAUAUGACACCGGUUUUAAUCGAUUUCUCUUUGGGCAAAUUCUUUCGCGAUGAUCCAGUCUUCACCAAUGGAGGGGCUAACUCCAAAGAGCAAAACAAGACGGCGAAGAAGAAAGCCCAGAAAGCUGCUAAAAAGGCGCAGAAAGCAGCGAAGAAAGAUGGGAAAAGUCAAGAGGGGGCGAAACAUUCGACUGAAAUGGGAACCGUGACUUACAUCGCGCCAGAAGUCGUACGUGGGGACGAGAACUAUGACGAACGAGUUGAUGUUUGGAGUUUUGGCGUCAUUGCCUUAGAGAUCUUGACGAAGACGGUGAUGCAGGCCCAGCGGGAUAGCGAAGCCUUCGCGCAUAUAAGGGAAAUGAAGUUAAGAUGACUGAACAUUGAUGUUGUAAUCGUAGUUUUUAUUUAAGGAUAACGAUAAUUGAUCUUGAGGAUACUGUAAGUAUCUGAUAUCAGUAUCAGAUAGUGAGAAUCCUUUAUUUCUCCUGAUGAAUCUCUAGGGCGAGGAAAAUAGCGAGCUGGCUCUCUUUGUCAUGUCUAGUACUUAUAAACACUGACCCUUCUUCUAACAACAGGAAAAAUGAAGCAAGAGACGCCACUCGGGAAACUUCUGCAUGGCUGUUUACAAGAAGAUAUGGAACUAAGGUUUCAUUGUCGGGACGCACUCGCGUCCAUUGAAGAUCUCGCAAUAAAAGCUAAGAUUACACCUGCCAGCGGUUCUUCUUUUAGUCCAUCAUCUUCAAGGUCAGCUGGCGGAGAGAAAACAGCUGCGGCAGGUGGGUCUUCAACAAGUAGCACAUCAACUGCAACUCCGCAAAUAAAUACACCUACUCCUACCUCAACCAGCACCACAACCACCAGGACCCCGACCUCUUCCAUCACCGCCCCCUCCGCCACAGCCCAGUGUUCGCUGGAUGCCAGAAAUCACUGCAAGGCCUGGACCGACAUCAUCGAAUACGGUGGCAAGACGAAGGAUCAAGCGGAGGCUUACUGUGGGGAAUUAGAGGGCAGGCAUGGACUGAAAUUAUCCAAUUGGGAUUGUCUAUACUUAGUCUUGCUCGCAGCUAAAGUGUGGGAGCCAGAAGUCGUGGACAUAUGGGAAUUAGACGAGGAAUGGGAUCCAUCGUUUAAAAAGUUCGACCCUGAUAGGUUUAUAGAAAAGGAGUUGGAAUUUGGGAAGUUAUUGGACUGGUGCUUGUAUCUGAGAAGGUUUGGGAAGUAAUACAUAGUGGUAAAAGUAGGACUCCGGCGCUUGUUCUUUGGAUUUGGACGUCAAGACAUGCGCCCUGAGGCUUGACCGAUACUUUGACAUUGACUUUGACAUCGUUCAUGUUGGCUGUAAACUUGUUUGCUUUGUUGAUAUUUACUAGCAUUCUUUCAGCUAAAAGGAUUUCUUUCCGAGCUUCUCAGCUCCG